AUGACUGGGUGCUGAUUUUAUUCUUUUCUUUUCUCAUUUCUUGCUUUUUGCCAAUUCCCUGCCACUUUCUGAAUCAAAUCAUGAGCUCAUUUUGUCUCCACACUGGUCAUUGUUCACUGCAUUAUGUGUUGUUAUUGUUUUGUUGUUGUUGUUUUUUUUGUAGUUUUAUUUAGUGUGUCAGCAAAAACAAUUUGACCAGCUGGCAAAUUUUGUGGAGGUCCCCCUUUUGCAGCCCAAAACAGCUUUGACUCGUCGGGGAAUGCACACAGGACCCUCCAGGGUGUUGGGACAUUGCUAGCAGAUGCUUUGGGUCCUGUGGGUUUUGUGGCUGCGGGGGCCUCCAUGGAUCUGGCUUCUUCUCGUAUUCCUACAUGCUACAUUGGAUUGGGAUCAGUUCGGAGGCCGGGUCAAAACAAAAAAAUUAAAAAGAAUGUAAGAAAACAUUCCCAAUAAUUCAUGUUGACCUUGACAAAGGGCACAUGUUAAACAUCUUUGUCCCACUGUAAUUGCGAUUUCCCUCGUGAUUGAGGGGAAGAACUGGAUGACGGCAGAUCUUCCUGUCGCUUGCUCAGUGACGUCAGGUUUAUCGGGGGAGCUCUUUAAACUAUUGAUUCUGAGCCUGGCUGUCAUGCACAGCUCUUAAAGAGGCCCAGAUGCGACGUCUCUGGAGUGCCUGUGUCAGCUCCUCAGGAUUAUCGGCAAAGAAUCUGGAGGUCAUCGCGGCAAAGUGGGCCAUGGACUUUGAUAGAGUGGAUUGGCAUCAGAGAGGAAGGGUCUCUCUCGUGCUGAGGGACAGAGUGGACUUGAGACAGGGGAACCGGUUAGGGGACCUGGCUAAAUGCCAAGAGCAAUGUUUCUCAGGCCAAGGAUGCAGCCUCAGGCUCUGCCGCCCAGUCCAAGUCCACUGUGGAAGAAAAGUAACAGCUGACUCUGGACAAGAGAGAGCAGAGUGACCGCCAGAUACAGCUGAUAAUAAAGAAUAGAACAUGAAGAAAGAAAAAAAGCCUCUCGUUAAAGCCUCCCUUACAGAGGAGCACAUGGAGACCUUGUCUGGAGCCAUGUGCCUGAUCUGCGUGGCAGAAUGAACGAGCCCCUUGUCCUCCAUGGGUUUGCCAGGUCUGCCGUGGACCUGACGUCAGAGUGCGGCAGCGACACUCGGACAAAGAUGGGCCAGGUCCCGUCUGGAAAUACACCCGUCAGGAGUCCUCCCAGCAGAGCAGAGCUUAUCUUGGAGGCUGCAGUCUACACUGCGGCACACAUGCCUCACAUCUGACUCUGGGAAUCUCCGUGGCUGACUCAUCUUUGUUGACCUGGACUGGACCACAAGGGGACUUGGGACUCAACGUGGUCCAGGGUGAUCCCAGUCCUUCCACUGGACCCGGUACACGAAUUACGUCACACGGGUGAGAAAUCCAAUUUAAGGCGGCAGUGUUAAGUGCGACAGAGGAUAAAGGCAGAGGGGGGGAUUUACCUGUUGCACUAAUGACAUUGAUUGUCCUAAUAAGGAUAUGACUGUUAGAAAGCUACCGAAGGAAACAUUUGCAUUAAGGUUCUUUUGUCUAUCUAUUCUGUGUGUUUAGUGAUUUUAAUGUCUUGUGAAAAUAAAAAACACUCUUUCACUCACUCAUAUUCUUCUGUUGUCCCCCGUGUGAAACAUUUACAGAUAUUAAGAUUUUUUUCCCCCCAAAAGUUAAGACACUCACUGGUUAGAGGCAUGCAACAGAAGAGCUAGAGAGAGAAGGAGAGAGAGAGAGAGAGAGAGAGAGAGAGCCACUAAAGGGAUUAUCAUGCGUCAGUUGAAGGGAAUGUCUCUCAUCCCUUUGCCGGCGAUCGUCAAAGGAAGCCCAAUGUUCCUCGGCAGGGAAACAUGCGUUUAGUUACUGCUUCCAACCAAGACGGCCGCCCGCUCCCCUGCUUUCCGUGGGACAACUUCGAAUCGAGGAUUCAGGAAUUCGAACCGCCUCUCUGGGUUCCGGCGCCGUAAUUGCACGAUGCAACCUUUCUGAAGACUCGUAGACUUGACUGCAGUUCGUAAAUCAUGGAUUCUCUGGGGCUUACCGAACCCGAUUGCAUUGAAAAUGUGAUGCCGAAGAACUCAUUAAGGAGGAAUAUGUGUGGCAUUUUAUUAAUAUUGACUCUCUUCUGUCCCUUCAUUAGUACAGACUGACGACUUCAGACCAGCUAUAUGAUUGAAACCUUGCUUGGUGAUAUUGUCUUGUGGACGUGUCUGGGGAUUUGUAACGUCAAUGGCGAGAUGAAGAUUUACUCGACGGGCAAUAAGGACAAUGAUCUCAUGCCUCCGCUGUAAUCUCUGGUGACCCCUUGUCUCUUGGGGAACCUGACAGAGACGAAACAGGACUGAAGGGAAGGGCCUGGCAGGAUUCACCGUCGGGUGGGAUGAGACACUGUAUUGCAGCGGGCCAGUGCACAUAAACUCUAGGUCCUCCUAGAGUCGUCCUGGCACCCCACAAGAAUUCCUAAGUGUGUGGGGGAGGCUUUAAAUGGUGUUGACAACGGCGGAACAAGGUGAAGGUUCACAGGUUCGAGAGAAUGGAGUGGCUGGGGGAGCUGGAUUCUGCCAGAUUGUGUUCAGGAACAAGAAAUUGGCCAUGGAUACGCCUGUCAUGUCCGUCACUGAGGUUGACGGGGACGGGGAUGAGGUUGAGGUAUCAGAAGAGGACGAUCUUGGGAAGGCCGAACUCGACUACACGCGCAACUAUUGGGAGGAUGAGGACGAUAUCUACCAAGAAUUCGAGGAGCUGGACUUUGAGGCCCUGCCGGAUCACUCGGACACCCACAGCAUCGCCUCGGACGACUCCUUCUAUCCCCCGGACAGUUCGGUCAUCUCCGACCUGUACCGCUCGCCGAGCCCCGAGUCCAUCUCCUUCUUCAAGGCCUGCUGCAACAACAACGCCAUCAUUGUCAAGAUUUUGAUCAGACAAGGAGUGACCGAGGAGGAAGUGAGAGAGACGGACAGGAACAGAAGAUCUGGUCUGAUAGUGGCGUGUUACCACGGCUACGUGGAUGUGGUCCUCGCCCUCUCUCAGUGCCCGUAUCUGGACGUCAACUGGCAGGAUAACGAAGGCAACACCGCUCUCAUCACGGCAGCACAAGCAGGUCAUGUGUUCAUCUUAAACUAUCUGCUGAGCUACUUCCCCGGGCUGGACGUCGACAGGAGGAACUGUCACUGCUUCACAGCUCUGAUGAAGGCCGCCAUGCAGGGCCGGGCGGAGUGUGUCCGGGCUCUCAUGCUCGCUGGAGGUGACAUUCAGGCCCGGGACAACGGCCGCAGUCUGACUCCCAGGGAGUGGGCUCUCUUCACUGGUCGCUACGAGACAGCCAACAUGAUGCAUCGGCUGAUGGUGAAGCCCUGUGCUGAGCAGUUCUGUGACUCCUUCUCCCUGGAGUGGCCCAUGUUGGAGGAGCUGGUGGACCAGGCCCGAGCACCAAAGUCCUGCUGGAGGCGUUUGAUCAACUUUCUCUCCUGCUGCCCUUAUAGGUUUUACAUCAACAACAGGGUGAACCCAAUGGACGAUGGCGUCCUCGACCACAUGGUCCAGAUCACCACGUGCAUCUCCAGCCCGUUCAUUGCCACGGCUUGCCGAACAGUGUGCCCCGACAGCCCGCCCUGCGUCGGGAAGCGGCGCCACGCCGUGCAGGAGAUUCUGAGGAGGCAACGCAUUGCCCAGCUGAAGCACAUGGGCCCAGACAGACUGAACAACUACAAGAGAUUUUUCCAGAACUCGCGGGUCCUCCUCAUCCCCAAGGCGAUGGAGCGGCGGGCCAGCCUCCAGCCCCAGCUGCUCACGGACGCGGCCACCGUGGCCUUCAGGCGAGCCAGUCUCCUGCCGCUCCACAUGCUGAGGAGGAGCAGCGUGCGGCCGGGUGUCACGGUGCCCAAAGUGAGGCUCUGCAAAGCCCCGGCUCCGAGCUUUUUACCAGAAAAGCUCAAGCGGAGCAGUGAUCACAACCAGCUGCAGAUACCCAAGUGGAAUUACAAGAUGAAGAGAAUAGAGAGGAGGCGGGAUGAGGAGGAGAGGCUAAGACGCUUACCUCUGACAAGGAGGAGGUGAGGAAAGAAGGGAGAGAGGGCGCGUGAGGAGAAACCCUCCGGUUGGUCUUUUAAUGCAGUGUCUGAGUACUUUCAGAUUAAUGAAUGAAUGCUUGCUGAGAUUGCCGCCAUUGUUAAAUAUGUUGCCUUGUUUCUACUUGAGUUCACACAUAUUUGUAAAGCAGUACUACUGAUGCAGUGCGGGAGACACAGGUGCUCAGACAAUGUAUACGUGGUGAAUUCAAAUCCACAUUUGGUAAAGUUCAAAAGAAAGUGUAGUGGGCUCAGUAUGUUUCAAAUCAAGGGCUCUUCAGAUCGUCUACGCCAGAACAUCCGGUGGACUGCAAAAACAUUCAUUCUACCACUUUAUAGGCUGUCAAAGAUUAUUCUGGUGCUGAUGACCUCGAACUUUUCCCUCAUAUAAAUAUAGAUAUGGUCUGGGUUGCAAAAAAAAAAAGAAGUCGGGAACCUGUGGCCUAAUGGGCCUGAUGUAGCAUCUUUGAUGAAAUAUACCAAUGUUUCUAAAGUACGGUUGUUCAAAAUGUCUUGAAAUCUUCAUUGAACCUUUUUGAAAAAUAGGAAUGAAUAGGAAUAUGAUGAAAAGUGUAAAAAACAAACAGAGAGCAAGGCCGAGAUGACUGCAGCCCUUUGUCUCCGUACAUUUUCAUACAGCUAACCUGCAACGACAAACACAUCUCAGUAGGAAAUGUAAGUGCUGGCUGGAUUAGUUCAGAGGAAAUAUAUACUUUGAAUUAAUAAGGAGCUACAUUUAUUAACAGCACCAGUGUCAUUGGUUGGGUUUUGGGCAAUAAAAGUGUAAUAAAAAUUGCUUUGGUUAA